UCAAAAAGAUGAAAGCAGCUAGGUGGCCCUUUUACAGCACCUUUUGUUACGUUUGAUCUGAUCCAUCAUCCAUCACCCAUAAAUGCCUCCUAUCUAGAUAGGACGACUGUCCACACUUCACCCCAAACGCUCUCGUACUCUCAUUUUCACUGUCACUGAUUAUCAACACUCAAAAUUAUUAUCGCAGCACCCAAAAAUGCAGUCCAUAUUCAACCUCCGAGCCUCCUAUGGCGUCCCUCUCUGUCUUUCAGGGAUAACCCUUACCGUCCACGCUUCUCUUCCGCAAGAGAUCACGGAUCACGAUCGCAGAAGGGAGAUCAUAAGACUGAGAAGGCACGGAUCACUGAAUACGCACCCUCUUCAUGCAAUUCAAGAAAUGGGUUCCCUCACAAACUUUGUGGGGAUCAAACAUGACGAGCAUGGAGAUCUGGACGAUGCCAUCCUACUCGAUCUGUUUCAGGCUUACACUGCUAAAGCUGCAUAGUAACUUCUUCACCAGAAUCAUCACUGUUUGUGGUCGUGUGUCUAGGCUCUGUUUUUACC